AUGUACCAAGCUGCUGUUUCCCACUCGUUCGGCUUGUCCGAAAACAAAGCUCUGCAGUCCGUAACCUCUGUUGCUGCACAGUCCAUCUAUCAAGGUCAUCGAAUCGGCUUCGUGCAACCCGGGUAUGAUGCGGACUUGGUUGUCUGGGAUUCUCAUCCUCUUUCAGUUGGGGCUACAACCGUUCAAGUGUAUGUCGAUGGCAGGGAGGUUCUCGACAUCAAAGACUCUAUUCAACGAUUAAAAAUCCAGGUUUCACCAACGAAUAACGUUGUACCGGAGGCUCGACCGUAUAUUUUGCAGGAAAAGAAGCGAGAUGUUUGUAAUCGGGCCACAGUCCCGGGAGCAAACGUUCUCUUCACCGGCAUCAAGAGCUCUCUUUUGGAGAAUCAGCUCCCUGCGGUCACCUUGGCCGUCGAACAGGGGCAAGGCCUUGCCCUGGUGGUUUCUAACGGUCGUAUCACUUGUCUAGAUGUCGAGUCCAGGUGUUGGUCCACCAUCCAACAUGACAGUAUCGUGGAGAUUAACCUAGCCAACGGGUACGUUACCCCUGGUCUGGUAGCUUUCGGCAACAAUCUUGGCAUUCUCGACAUUUCUUCUGAGCCGUCAACAGGUGACGGAUCUCCAGGAUCAAAGGUGAAUGCACUUGAUACCCAGAAGCACUUGCAUAGUGCUAAGUAUGGUGUUCACUUCGGUGGAAAGGGCUUCGGCAGAGCAAGAAUCGGUGGUGUAACAAGGGCGAUCACGGCUCCGAUCUUUGGAGGCGGUAUUCUUCAGGGCGUGAGCGUCGGCUUGCGGACAAGCGAGAACGCAACAAUAUUGGGAGGCGGAAUCUGGAAGGACGAAGUAGCUCUUCACUUUGCUAUUGGCCAAGAAGCCAAGGGUAAGUUACUCGCCUCCUGA